AUGUCGGCCAGGCGCUUUCCUGCCUACCAUGUUAUUGACGGCCUGAAAUACGCAAAGACGUACUUGCCCGAGAACGUGCGCGCCAUCCGCAGCUACAUGCCGGAAGACGAUGACCUUGUAUUGGUGUCCUACCUCAAGUGCGGCAACAACUGGCUGGAACAAAUCAUCGAACUGAUUCUUCACAGGGGAGAAAGCGCGGAAAACUACGCUGAAUUUCACCGAUGGUGCCCAUACCCGGAGAUGACAGGCAUGCGCUACUUGAACGAGAUGCACCCGCCACGCUUCUUCAAAACGCACUUCCAGUACCAACAGCAGCUCAAGAACCCAAAGGCCAAGUUCAUCUACCUGACCCGCAAUCCGCUGGAUGUCUGCGUCUCGUUCUACUACUACGUGCGGAACCGUUCAGUAUAUGAAUUCGACGAUGGCACCUUCGACGACUUCGUCCACGCUUUCGUCGCCGCAGAAGUGGAGCGUGGAGACUACUGCGACCACCUUCUGUCCUGGUACGCGCAUCGGCACGAAGAAAACGUCUUCUUUCUCACGUUCGAACAGCUGAAGAACGACUUCAGAAACACCGUCUUGUCCCUGGCGGGCUUCAUGGGAGAGAAGUACAGACGCAUGCUGGUGGAAGACGAGGACGUGUACCGGAAUGUUGUUGAGAAGAGCAGCGUGCCGUACAUGUCCAAGGUGUGCUACGUCGAUCAGUCUAUCAUAGAAAAGUUGACAGAGAAGGAUCAACCUUUCAUAGAUGCGGCUCAUCGCUUCACGUUGUCCUCUCCUGGCAUGCUGAAAGGAGCGACCAUCGUACGAAAGGGCGCAGUGGGAGACUGGAAGUCGCACUUCACGCAGCGACACCUAGACUUGGUACGCGAGUGGAUUGAGAAGAGAAACGCCGGCGCUGUGAUUCGUGAUCUUUGGGCAGACAUGGACCUCGGGGGAAUUGUCUGAAAGCCGAGAGUAUAUGGAUGGAUGGAUGAACAACUUUAUUUUAGUCCUAUGAAAUUGUGCUAAUGAAAAAAAGAAUGCACUCCACACAACGUUUAUUGCUAAGGCAAUAAAACAUAUUUGAACUAACGCGUACAUGAUCAAAGUGCGUAGACCGUGUAAUGAAGUUUGGAUUCAAAUACACAUCAAUUUG